AUUACUCUGAUGAACCGCCCUAGUGUUACCAUGACGACGCUACUUGAUAAUAUAUAUUAAUAUUCGACGUACUUUAUGUCAGAAGCAGAGUUUCUGGUAAAAAUUGGUGGAAACAUAAACAUUAAAUCAAUAUCUUGAAAAGAAAAUGAACAUACAAAUCUAGUUUGAACCGGUUUUUUGAACCAACGUCUUUUCAGCAGUUUCCAUCGACGAGUUUUAACAUUUAUUUCCUCACUGUGUCAUUUCAACCACUCACCGACUAAACCUACCUUUCUGAGGGGGGAUAAACUCCUGACACACUCCGACUUUUCUUGGAUCUACUUGGGGAAAAUAUGAAUGAAUUCCACCUCCCGCCGUUGGACUUGCACUCCUGCUACUAGCAUAAAUCGCCCGCCAGAAUUUGAGAUGACGUCAUACAUCGGCGACAAACAGGCUUGUUUAUGGACUGGUACUGCGCUUGCGCAAUGACAGGAGUCCUUGGCUGGCCUGUUUGCUGUAGGUUACUGAACCUGUGAGGGGACACAGAGAAAAUGCAGAGCUGGACUCAGUUAUACCGCUCCCUGGCCACGCGGAGCCAUAAUCUUCCCUGCAAACUGCACGGAGCCACGGCCAUCUCCGUCAGAACCUACGCUGACAAAGCAGCAAUCGAUGCAGAUGUCACAGUGGUGGGCUCCGGUCCGGGUGGCUACGUCGCCGCCAUCAAAGCCGCACAGCUCGGCUUCAAGACAGUGUGUGUCGAGAAAAAUGUCACACUGGGUGGGACCUGUCUGAACGUCGGCUGCAUCCCCUCAAAGGCUCUGCUGAACAACUCCUACCUGUACCACAUGGCUCACGGCAAAGACUUCGAGAGCAGAGGCAUCGAAAUUUCAGGCCUCUCGUUGAACCUGGAGAAGAUGAUGGCUCAGAAGAGCGGAGCCGUCAAAGCGCUGACCGGAGGAAUCGCACAUCUAUUCAAACAGAACAAAGUGACCCAUGUUAGCGGUUUUGGGAGGGUGACCGGUAAGAACCAGGUGACGGCCACGACGGAGGACGGCAGCGAGCAGGUCAUCAACACCAAAAACAUCCUCAUCGCUACCGGCUCUGAGGUCACACCUUUCCCCGGCAUCCAGAUUGACGAGGACAGCGUGGUGUCGUCGACGGGAGCUCUGUCCCUGAAGAAAGUCCCCGAGGAGAUGAUCGUGAUCGGAGCCGGGGUCAUCGGAGUCGAGCUGGGGUCAGUGUGGCAGCGUCUGGGCUCUAAAGUCACAGCUGUGGAGUUCCUGGGCCACGUGGGCGGCAUGGGCAUCGACAUGGAGAUCUCUAAGAACUUCCAGCGCAUCCUGCAGAAGCAAGGCCUCAAGUUCAAGCUCAGCACCAAAGUGAUGGGAGCCACCAAGAGGCCCGACGGCAAGAUCGACGUGGCAGUGGAGGCGGCGGCUGGAGGGAAGAACGAGACGCUCACCUGCGACGUGCUUCUGGUGUGUAUCGGCAGACGGCCUUACACCCAGAACCUGGGUCUGGAGUCUGUGGGCAUCGAGCUGGACAACAGAGGACGCAUCCCCACCAACAACCGCUUCCAGACCAAAGUGCCCAGUAUUUUUGCGAUAGGUGACGUGGUCGCCGGCCCGAUGCUGGCUCACAAAGCUGAGGACGAGGGCAUCAUCUGUGUGGAGGGCAUGGCCGGUGGCGCCGUGCACAUCGACUACAACUGCGUUCCCUCCGUCAUCUACACACACCCCGAGGUGGCCUGGGUGGGCAAGACAGAGGAGCAGCUCAAAGAGGAGGGCGUCCCGUACAAAGUCGGCAAGUUCCCCUUCGCGGCCAACAGCCGAGCCAAGACCAACGCCGACACUGACGGCCUGGUGAAGAUCCUCAGUCACAAGGAGACGGACAGGAUGAUGGGAUCUCACAUCCUUGGAACAGGGGCAGGAGAGAUGAUCAAUGAAGCUGCUUUGGCCAUGGAGUACGGUGCUUCCUGUGAGGACGUCGCCAGAGUCUGCCAUGCCCAUCCCACGGUGUCAGAGGCCUUCAGAGAAGCAAACCUCGCCGCCUCCUUCGGCAAAGCCAUCAACUUCUGAUCCACCGGCCGCUGUCGCACCUUCAGUGUACAUAACAGAGGAGAACCAGGAAGCUGUGUGUGUGUGUGUGUGUCUGCGUCCAAACGUUCACUCACCUUCACCGGGAUGAUCCUCUGUGUACGUCCCACCUGUACCACAUUUAGUUCUAAUGUUAUUUAAAUGUUCUCAAUAAAAAGAAAAAGGGGCUCCGGACGCUAAAUAAACACUGAGCUGGCUGCAGAUCAGUCUCUUUGCUUUACAAACACAUAGUUUAAAAACAUCCCAGAAGACAAAUUAUUCUACAUAGAGAUAUAAAUAUUAUUCUGGCUGCGGCUUCUCUUGUAAAGGAAGAGGGUGGUGUUUUUGUUUUUCUGUUUUUUACAGUGUAAAAGGAUGAAACACGGCGAGUAUGAUGUGUAAUCAGAGCGGGAAACCGUAGCGGCUCAGUCAUCCUCCGUUUAAAGGUUUUAAAGAUGAUCGAAUCAUUCAUGCAUAGAAGGAUCUGAACCUGCUAUCUCUCCAGUCUUAAUAUUUAUGCUUCAGUCAUGACAGCACAGCAAGGAUUGCAAACUCUAACACUCCACUUGAAAAAGCAGGACGGCUUCAUGGGCUUGUAAUGCCUUUUUUUUUUGAGUAGAUCAAGAAGGAAACUUGGAUAAGAGAGCGAGGGAUGACAUACGGCUAAGAACUGAGGGUUGGAUUCAAACCCUGGCGACACAAACGGUUCUGCCAUAAAAUAAUCUGGUUAUCGUGCAAAAUUAUAAACAUAUACAUGAAUAUCGUCAGGUAAAGAUGUAUCACUGACCUCCCUCUCCUUCACAAGAGACCUCAAGCCUUAGGAUUUCUUUAUGGUGGGACCUUUGACUUCUGAUUUAUUUAUUCAACAUAUUUACCUUUGAAAACGUAAGGGCCUGUGUCCACUGACGCUGUUUUGUGUGCUUGCAGCUUCUACAACCUCAAAAUUCAAAGUCCAAAUGUCCAAAAUGUGUCCUGGCGAUUAUACGGUGGAUAAAACAACGCAAGCUAGCUUCUCCUCCGCCGUCUCCGUUGACUAACUUGACACCCGAAGUCCAACCCCACCUUGAUUUUGAUUGGUUGUUGAAGUAGAGGUGACACUGUUGAACAUGGCGGUGCUCUAAAAGUAAAACUAUUUUCAGCUGAGAGUACAGAGACUUAAAAAAGAAACUGGCGUUGAAUGUGUUUCUAAGCUAACGCUAAUCUGCAUUGCUUUUGCUUAGAAAGUAGCCACUGCUAGCGCAACAAAUGCUAUCAGUGUACACAGGCCCUUGUAGAGUGUAACACUUCAUAUUUUGGUGAUAUAAUGACCAAUCCAAGAAUAUACAGAAA